AUGUAUAAAUCAAUUGUAUCCAGAAGGUUGUUAUCGACAACUUCGAGAGUGUUUCAGCAACCAACUAUAAGAUCACAUCAAAGAAUUGUUCCAGUAUUAAAAUCAUCGAUGCUUGGAAGUAUUAUUAAAUACACUUUGGGUGCAACAGUUGCAGGUGCCGUAGGUGCUGCUGCUUUUAUUGCUUAUAAAGUGAUUGAAGAAAGUAGACCUGCAAAACAAGAAAAACAAACUCCAUUUUUCCCAAAUGGUGAGAAAAAGAAAACUUUAGUUAUUUUGGGUUCAGGUUGGGGUUCAAUACCUUUAUUAAAAAAUUUAGAUACUACAUUAUAUAAUGUUGUUAUUGUUUCACCAAGAAAUUAUUUUUUAUUUACUCCUUUAUUACCAAGUGUACCUACUGGAACUGUCGAAUUAAGAUCAAUUAUUGAACCCGUUAGAUCAAUUACUAGAAGAUGUCCUGGUCAAGUUAUAUAUUUAGAAGCUGAAGCUACUGGUAUUGAUCCUCAAAAAAAUCAAUUGACUUUAAAACAAAGUACCACUGUUCAUUCUGGUCAUUCAGGUAAAGACACUUCAUCGUCUAAAUCAACAGUUUCGGAAUAUACUGGUGUUGAAGAAAUCACCACUACAUUAAAUUAUGAUUAUUUAGUUGUUGGAGUAGGUGCUCAACCUUCUACUUUUGGUAUUCCUGGAGUUGCUGAAAAUUCAUCAUUUUUAAAAGAAAUUAGUGAUGCUUCAGCAAUUAGAAAAAGAUUAAUGGAUGUUAUUGAAGCAGCAAAUAUUUUACCAAAAGAUGAUCCUGAAAGAAAAAGAUUAUUGCAAGUAGUUGUUUGUGGAGGUGGUCCAACAGGAGUUGAAGCUGCUGGAGAAAUACAGGAUUAUAUUGAUCAAGAUUUAAGAAAAUGGGUACCUGAAGUAAGUGAUGAAAUUAAAGUCACUUUAAUUGAAGCUUUACCAAAUGUGUUAAAUUCUUUCAAUACAAAAUUAAUUGAUUAUACUAAGGAAGUUUUUAAGGAUACUAAUAUUAAUUUAAGAACUAAUACAAUGAUUAAAAAAGUUGAUGAUAAAGCAGUUAUUGCAUCUGAAAAAUUACCUGACGGCUCAACUAAGACUGUUACAAUUCCUUACGGGGUAUUGAUAUGGGCUACUGGUAAUGCUGCUAGAUCAUUUACUCGUGAUUUGAUGACAAAAAUAGAUGAACAAAAAAAUGCUAAACGUGGUUUAUUAAUUGAUGAAUAUUUAAAAGUUGAUGGUUCUGAUAAUAUUUAUGCAUUAGGUGAUUGUACUUUCACAAAAUAUCCUCCAACGGCUCAAGUUGCUUUUCAACAAGGUGAAUAUUUAGCUAAAUUAUUUGCAAAAAUUCAUGAAGUUGCAGCAACAAAAUAUUCAAUAGAACACCCAACUCCUAAACAAAAUGUUGAAUCAUUAGGUAAAAAAUUAAUAAGAUUAGAGAAAAAUUUACCUAAAUUUCAAUAUAAUUACCAAGGUUCAUUAGCUUAUAUUGGUAGUGAAAAAGCUGUAGCUGAUUUAGUAUGGGGUGAUUGGUCAAAUAUCACUAGUGGUGGUAGUUUUACUUUCUUAUUAUGGAGAUCUGCAUAUAUUUAUAUGUGUCUUUCAGUCAAGAAUCAAGUAUUAGUUUGUUUAGAUUGGUUGAAAGUUGCUUUAUUUGGUAGAGAUUGUUCGAAAGAAUAG